AUGCGUCGAACCCAGGAUUAUCUUUCCUGGUCGGUUUUGCUUGCUUCUCUGGGAGCAGUCCAGGGAAAGCUUGACUUGACCUCUGAUAAGAACAUCGCCGUCUACUGGGGUCAAAACUCGAUCCAAGCAGCAACAAAUGCUGCAGAUGGACAACAACCGUUGGCAGAGUACUGCAAGAAUGACGACAUUGAUGUCAUCCCAAUGGCGUUCGAGAUGAUGAUCAACGGCCCGGGUGGAGCUCCAGAGGUUGAUUUCUCUGUGGACAGCGAGGACUGUGAGGUUUUCGAGGGCACACAGUUGAAGCAUUGUCCUAAAAUUGCUGAGGACAUUAAGACAUGCCAGGAGAAAGGAAAAACUAUUCUCUUGUCCAUUGGGGGCGCAACUUAUAACGAGGGUGGCUUCAAGUCAGAUUCGGAUGCCAAAGAUGGAGCAGCGCUCAUUUGGGAAACAUUUGGACCCAAACAGCCCGGCUCCAAAGCUAAGCGACCAUUUGAUGACGCUGUCUUGGAUGGCUUUGACUUUGAUUUUGAGGCCACUGUUUCACACAUGGCACCUUUCGCCAAUGAGCUGCGCGCCUUGAUGGACAAGGACGAUAGCAAGCAGUAUUUCCUAACUGCUGCUCCUCAGUGCCCGUAUCCCGACGCUGCAGACAAGGAGUUUCUCAACGGUCCCGUUUCUAUCGACGCGAUCUGGGUGCAAUUCUACAACAACUUCUGCGGUGUGAACAACUUCAACAAGAACGAAAAAGACUCCAAGUACAACUUCGAGGAGUGGGACAACUGGGCCAAGACCGUCUCUAAGAACAAGGACGUUAAGGUAAUUAUGGGCGUCCCAGCCGACACUACUGCCGCCAGUACGGGCUACGUUCCAGCCGACAAGCUCGCCGAUGUUAUUGAGUACUCGAAGAAAUUCGAGAGCUUCGGCGGCGUAAUGAUGUGGGAUGUCAGUCAAGCAUAUGCAAAUGAUGGCUUCAUUAACAGCGUGCGAAAGGCGCUUGGUGGUCCUGAUUCCGGUUCGUCGUCGUCGUCCAACUCGGCGUCGACCACGGCGUCUGCACCUUCGUCCACUAACUCACCGAAUACCUCGCAAUCUUCCAAUGCACCCGCGUCCUCGUCCUCAUCUUCCUCCUCUUCUGCAUCUGGCUCCUCACAAGAUGGUCAUGACCGCCCAGAGACCACUACCGCUACCGAAGCUCAUCCCAAGCCAGCCAAACCUACCAAGCCAACAACAACAACAACAACAACAACAACCGAGCAGACCGAUGCCAAGCCGACCAAGCCUGCGCCAACCGAGAACGCUACUAACGCAGAGCCUACCAAGCCAAAGGCCAAGCCGACUGAGAAGCCAACUUCUACAACCAAGGCUAAACCUGCUCCAGAGCCAACUGCCGAGCCCUCGCCUAAGCCUCCCGCGGAUGACGAUGAUAGCUCCGAUGACACCAAUGAUGAUGACACGCCCAACCAGCAAGCUGCGCCUAACGACAACGAUACCACUGGCGUUGGCAACACAGACAAUGACAGUGAUAAGCCCAGUGGGCCUCUUAACGACCUUCUUGGAGGCAAUCUCUUUGGUCUUCUGAAAGGCCUUCGUCAGGCCAAUGGCCCUGUGACACACGGUCUCACACAUGGUCUCAAGGCUGGUAUCAAGGAUGGUCUUACCAAGAACCUUCGCCGAGCCAACCGAAUUGGAUACAACUAA